GAGUAAGCUGAGACAGAAAACACCAAAACUGAAGAAAACAAAACGAAAGCAGAGAGGAUAGAAACUAGAAGCUCUGCAGCAUCUGUUAGACAUAACAGAUGCACCAUCAGCAGAGAAAAAAAAAAAAGUGAGAAACCAAAAAAGAAAAAUUGUUUUUCUCUGCUUCUUAAUACAUUAUAAGGUAGUUUCAUAUGCAAAAGCAGCUCCUGGCUGGUUUCCUUUCUUUCUCUCAGCUUGCCCAAGUUGUGAAAUAGCUAUCAGACUUUUACAGUGUCAGUUCUAUUAGGUGAAAGCAGGGGGGAAUUUGGACUAUAAUCACUCUACCCGCAAAAAAGAGCUGUAACAGCCGUUUGGACUCGACGUCUGGACUCUAUUCUUAGCUCUUACAAGGUAUAAAACGAGAGAAGCACACUCUUGAAACGAGGCAAGCACCAUCUCUCACUCUCUCUCUUUAGAAAAGGGUGUUAAAGAAGCAGCAGACUUGCAGGACUGUGAUACAUUUGUCAAUAAAAAGGUCUACAUAGAAUUUUCUGGCUCUUCUCUUAAUUUAAAUCCAAGGGAGAUUUCCAAAUCCAAGUACUGUAACUAAUCUUGCGACAGAUCUGUAGAGCAGUGAAGCAAAAAUGAUAUCCCAGAAACAAGCAGAGGAAGAGAUGGUAUCUGGCUUCACUGAAACUGAGCAUGACGAGAAAGAAGAAGAGAGCAAGGAAGAUGACUCCAUUUUUGGCCUCAAGAGUAUUCUUUGGCAUGGUGGUUCUGUAUAUGAUGCCUGGUUUAGCUGUGCUUCAAAUCAGGUUGCUCAGGUGCUGUUGACACUGCCUUACUCUUUCUCCCAAAUGGGGAUGCUUUCUGGAAUAAUUUUGCAGGUAUUUUACGGGAUUCUUGGGAGCUGGACUGCAUAUCUCAUCAGUGUGCUCUAUGUAGAAUACCGAAGCAGAAAGGAGAAAGAGAAUGUCAGCUUCAAGAACCAUGUCAUACAGUGGUUUGAAGUGUUAGAUGGUUUACUGGGUCCAACGUGGAAAGCCGUUGGGUUGGCCUUUAACUGCACUUUUCUCCUCUUUGGUUCUGUUAUACAACUCAUAGCCUGUGCAAGCAAUAUAUACUACAUUAAUGACAAAUUAGACAAGAGGACAUGGACAUAUAUCUUUGGAGCCUGCUGUGCCACCACUGUGUUCAUACCUUCAUUUCACAAUUACAGAAUUUGGUCUUUUCUUGGGCUUGGAAUGACCACCUACACUGCCUGGUAUUUGACCAUUGCAGCUAUUGUUCAUGGCCAGGCUGAUGGCGUAACUCACUCUGGCCCAACAAAACUGGUUCUCUACUUCACAGGCGCCACCAAUAUCCUCUACACUUUUGGUGGUCAUGCUGUUACUGUUGAAAUUAUGCAUGCAAUGUGGAAGCCUCAGAAGUUCAAGUACAUCUAUCUCCUUGCCACCAUGUAUGUUUUCACCUUAACAAUUCCAUCAGCUACCGCUGUCUACUGGGCAUUCGGUGAUCAACUUCUCACCCACUCGAAUGCAUUCUCACUUCUUCCCAAUUCCGGAUGGCGUGAUGCUGCAGUUAUCCUCAUGCUCAUCCAUCAGUUCAUAACAUUCGGAUUCGCAUGUACACCACUGUAUUUUGUGUGGGAGAAAGUGGUAGGGAUGCAUGAUACUAAGAGCAUAUUUUUGAGGGCAUUAACCAGGUUGCCUGUAGUCAUACCUAUAUGGUUCUUGGCUAUCAUAUUUCCUUUCUUUGGUCCCAUUAACUCAGCUGUGGGGGCACUUUUGGUUAGCUUCACCGUCUACAUCAUCCCUUCUUUAGCUCAUAUGCUCACUUAUCGAUCUGCCUCUGCUCGACAGAAUGCAGCGGAGAAGCCUCCAUUUUUCCUCCCUAGCUGGACAGCCAUGUAUGUAGUGAAUGCAUUUAUAGUGAUAUGGGUCCUUGUAGUUGGUUUUGGAUUAGGAGGGUGGGCUAGCAUGGCCAAUUUUAUCAAGCAAGUUGACACAUUUGGUCUCUUUGCCAAGUGCUACCAGUGCCCACCGCCGGCUGCCUCAAAGCACCAUUGAGUGUUCUAGACUGAACAUCCAAGUUAUACUCUAAACUCUGAAGCCACUUGUUACAAUUUCUCCACAGCAUUUUACAUUUUCUUUAUGUAUUAUACAAAGGGAGGCACCAUCACCGGCAGCUCCUCCCUUACAUAUUGUGUUUUGUUUCAACCUUUAUAUAAGCAGUAGGUGAUUUGUGAA